CCACAUCAGAAAGAGAAAAAUUUUACGAGUGCCUUGAAAGACUUGGAACUUUACCGCGUGACAUAAAAGAGGCAAAAUUUGAAGAAUAUUUAGAUAAAUUUAAUCAAAUUUUUGGAGGCUUAUUAUCCGAAUUACAAGAUACUCAAGAUGAUUAUGAAACGAAGUAUCAAAUGUUAGAAUCCCAUAUGAACGCUAUCAUAGCACAAUCAUUUUCAUUCAUAAAGCAACAUCAACCUGAACAUAUCCUUAAACGUCGUUCAAGUUAUUUUGACACAAUCGAAAUUGGAUCAGGAAUUGAUGGCAAACAAUUAAAACAAGUGACUUGUGCAAAUACUUGUGUUCCUAAUCGAUUUGUUUGUAAUAACAUUGGUAACAACCUUUGUAGUAACUGCAGACUUGUCUUUUAUUGUAGUAAAGAAUGUCAAAAAAAGCAUUGGAAAUUUCAUAAAAAAUUAUGUAAAUCUGACAUUUCAUCAAAAGAUUGGAAACCAGAUUACAUUCAUGAAUUAAGAAUACCAGAAUUUAUACUACCAAGCAUCUCUUCCAUUCCUUUUUAUGGUAUUCCUGUAGAAUAUUUAUGGAGUAAUAUGCCAGCUAUUGAUAUCUUGAAAUUAUCUUUAAAUGAACUUAAGGACAACGAAUCAAGCUCUAAUUACAAGGAUCCUAUUAAUUUGCUUUUUGCAGCAAGCGGUGAUCUUAAUGAUAUCAUUGCAACCGUGAAUGGAAUACCAUUAGAUUUAAAUCAACAAAUUAAUAUUUUUAUUAACGAUUUUGCUAAAAGAGUUACAAUUCGAAAUUUUAUAAUGUUGUACCUCCUCGCAAAGCUCGGUAAGGAUGCCAUCGAUGUCGUUAUUCAUAUUUGGUAUUCUAUAGCUCUUACAAAUGAGCAAUGGUCUAGAACUACUGAUUUACUCGCUAAU